UAGCGAACCGACGUUCAACAUCCAUUUCGAUGUCCCGUCCGAGGAAGGCUUUAUCCAACACGCUCCCAACAAAAAGAAGAAGAGGAAUUCAACCCAGCCUAAUAGAAGGGCGGAGGUAGAUAAAGCUGGUGAUGGUGGAGAUCAGGGCGAUCAGAAUGAUAACGGCGACCAAAAUGGUGAAGGAGGAAAGGGGAACGGAGCCGCUGGCGGGGGCGGAAAAGAGGAGGGUAACAACGACGACAACGGUAGAGAUGAGGAAAAGGGCGAAGACAAGGAACGGGGAAAGGGCAAGGGGAAGGAACAAGAGAAAGAAAGGGAGAAUGAGGAGAAGGAGAAGGAGAAGGAGAGGGAGAGGGAGAAGGAGAAGGAGAAGGAGAGGGAGAAGGAGAGGGAGAAGGAGAAGGAGAAGGAGAAAGAAGAGGAGCAGCACCAAGGACAAGAAAAACACCAUAGGGGAUAUCAGGUCCAGCGAUGCGUGGGCAGCAUUCGAGAACAAGCCCGGCAAGAAUCGUCCCGACACCAAAUCCGAGGGGACUUCCCAUAGGGCUCAAGACAAGAGCGAACCGCCAGAGAAACUUACGAAACUAGACACAUUUGAUGACGUCAAGUUGGACAAUCCCGGGCCAUCUCCCAGUCCCAAUUCCGGCGGCAGCACGGGGACCGGCACCAAGCAGGGCCUAUUUGGUUGGGGAGGCUGGGGAGGGCCGUGGGCUUGGUCAAACGAUGGGUCCGGCAAACAUGAGGAUAGGGAAGAAAGGGGAAUAGAGAAGCCAGAGAGGGCAGAGGGAAAGAGGGAAAGGAAAGAUGGAAAGAAAGUGGAGAACGAAGAUAAGGAACGGGAGUAUACCGAUGCCAACUCGCGAAGUGCUGACCGCAUAAAAUCUAACAAAAGAGAGAAGUUGUAUGCUGGUCCGGAAGAGCCCAAGACGGAGGAGCCAGCCACAUCCGACAACCCCACCGAGAACAAGGAAGACGACAGCCUUGGUUUCACCUCGACUACCAAAGAAAAGAAUAAGAGAAAGUUGCUUCUUCGGGAGGGGAAAGAGGGUGCGCUUGCUGAGAACCAGGGCUCGGAACCGGCUGCGGCCGGUAAUCCCCAAGAUCGUCAAAGCACGAGCCAGGAGAAUAGGAAAGGCGUCGCAGCGGCGGUCGCCGAGCUACUUGUUCGUGAUACUAUAGCGCCGUCCGUAGACACCGCUCUCCGCCCCUCAUCUAAGAAGACCAAGAAGAGAAUAGCCAGCGAACCAAUCGACCCUGAACCGCCUGCACCCGGCCCUGAGCUCGACCCGAUGCAGGAUGCGAAUCCCUGGGCUGAUGUACCUCCAACGAGCAAGAGGAAAAAUAAGAAUUCGACGGAAGAAACUAAAGGGCUCAAGCCCACAUCAGAGCCGGAAACUAAAACUACUACUACUCUCAAUGAUGCCGGGAGCCUCGGUACCAAGGACAGGAACAAGAAAGGCAAAGUCAUAGAGGAGGAGAGUGUAGGGGAACGAGCGCCCUCGCUUCACGAGGCUGAGAACAAGGAGGGGGACGACCGAGGCGACAUGGCCGCUUCAGGCAAGAGCAAGAAAAAUACCACCAGAACCGCAGUUGCCGACUCAGAGGGGAUAGCUGAGAAGACGCAGGAGCCUGAAACUAAACCGGACAUAAAGAAGGAGAGGAAAAAGAAAUCCAGGGACACUAAACCUGAGCCUGAGCCUGAGCCGGUGCCCGAACCAGAGCCUAAACGCGUGCCCGAGCCAGAACCUAUUAAGAAGGAAAGUAAGAAGAACGAGAAAGGCUGGAUCACCGGUUUGGUGAGUACUCUCAAGAAAGUUAAGGGUAUAGCCGAUGAAGAGGUUCAGGAGCCAGAAUCACGACCCGUCGCCGAGCCUCCGCCGGAGUCUGAGGGCAAGGCGCCCGAAAAGAAGGAGAAACGUGAUUUUGACAACGAUCAGGGGGACACCAAGGCGGAGAAGAGGAGGAGGAAGAAGGGCGCUGGCACUGUUGAAGAGCAGCCCGAGGGUGCCGACCCUGAACCUGACCCCGAGGCUGAAUUUAUUCCAGCACCAGCACCGGCUAACAAGGCAGAGGACGAGCUACCCUCCGUCGCCUCCGGUUCGAAAAAGAGUAAAAAGAACAGGGGCGCUACCGUGCCCGCGUUUUUGGGGGAUUUAGGGCCGGACAUGACCCUUGCUUCAGAACCUCAGCCAGAAACUGAACCUGACAAGGAGAAAGCUGAAGGCGAUCGUCACGGGCCGCCCUUUACUAUUUCCGACUCCUCGAAGAAGGACGAAAGGAAGAAAAAGAAAAAGAAAAAAGAUGGUGGUGAGGAAGAGGCUCUGCAAGAGCCGGAGCCUCCCCGUGACCUGGAAUUGGGAGACGACCUGGCGGGAAAUGAUUUCGCUGAAUGGAAUGUUCCUGUCAGGGAAAAGAAGAAGAAGAAAAAUGAGAGUCUUCACCAGACACCGAAAAUUUUACCUGAACCAGGUGUUUCUCAGGACGAUGAUUUGCUGGCUUUCGGCUCGUCCAAGGACAAAAAGAAGAGCAAAAAAGGAGCCGCCGCCAUUGAAGAGCCUUCGAACGAGAAAACCCCAGACACACGACCCUCAGAGCCCGAACCGGACCCCGAAACUACUCUUAUGCCUGUUGCGGAGCAGAACGGCGGCGCUUGGAGCUUCUGGGGCGCUAAGAAGAACACUACAAAGCCUAAGGACGAAACUCCUAACCCCAUCACCGACGAAGGCUGGCUUGACUGGAGUAAGAAUAAACUCAGAAGCUCGGGUGAAUUCGAUAAGGAGUCUGAUCACAAGCAUCCACCACCAAAUGCCCCUGGAACACACAGCGCUGCGGGCAGUGCCGAUUUCUGGGACAGUCAUGAGGUCGGCAAGGACAAGAGACGAAAUGCCGAUGAUAGUCUAAUGCCCGACUCGAUCGAAGAGCCCAAGAAUGAUGACAUCGAGGGGGGGAACACCUCAAAGAAGGAGAAGAAAAAGAAGAAGGGUAGUAAGAAUGUCCCGGUCGAAGUUGCCAAUGGCUCUCAUCUCAAUGUGGUUCAACCCGACUCUAUCGAAGAGAGCAAGGGCAAUAGAGUCGAGGACGACGACUGGACGUGGGGCAAUUUGGACAGAGGGAAAAAGAAGUCACCACCUCCAGCGCCUACUCCACCGUCUCUAGAGCUGAGCUUAUCCGACCAGGAACUUGAAGAGCACGGCUGGGGCGGCUUAAAAACCGAGGAGGAGGAGAAGGCCGAGGCAGAAGCUGCCGCACUAGCAGAUGUGAUUGCCUCUGAGGAGGAGGAGCUUGCCACGCUGAGAGCUAUGAAGAAGCUAACCAAAAAGGAUCGGAGACGUUUAGAUCAGCUCACUGCGAAUGCUAACCGCCGCGCCGAGGAGAAAGCUGCCAGGGAAGCGGAACAAGCGGCCCAGCGGGAAGCCGAAGAGAGGGCCGCGUCCGAGGCCAGGGAGAAGGCAGACGCCGAAGCACUAGUAGCUGAAAUUGCCGCCGAGGAAGAAGAAAUGGCAAUGCUCACUACCAAGAGCAAAAAAAAAAAGCUAAGAGGGAGUGACAAAAAGAGGUUAGAGGAGCUCACCGAGAGAGCCAAAGUUCGUGCCGGAGAGAAAAUAGCCGAAGAAGCUGAAGAACAAACCACUAUGCCUGACAUGGGCGAAACUGUUCCGGAAGCUGAGGAACAGAUAGUUAGCGACGCCGAGGAGCGAGCGGCUAGGGUGGCGGAGGAGCGGGCUGCCCAAGAAGCAGAGGAACGGGCCCAGCGUGAGCGUGAAGAAGCUGAAGCGGCGGCCAAGAAGAAAUCCAAGAAGGGUUCCAAGUCCGACGAUAAGAAGUCCAGGUCCACCAAUAAUAAAGAUAAACCUUCCAAGAGAGACAAGAACAAAGAAGGGGACCGCAGCAAGGGACAAGACGAGGACGAGGUAAAAAAUGACGACAACGACAAGGUCAUGAGCCAGGACCAGGAUCAGGACCAGACUAAGGAUGGAGAUCUUGACAGCCUCGAUCUCGAAAACUUGGAUCCCGAUCAAGUGGAAGAGAUUUUGGCGGGCACUGCAGCUCCUAAACCACAAGGUCAGCCACAACCGCAAUCUAAAACAGACUUGUUUUCGUUCUGGAGCGGCAAAUCCAAGAGUCCACCACCGGAACUAGUUUCCGAAGAUGCCACGGUCGAGGUCGCGCCGUCGUCUUCGAAAGAGGCCGUAGAUGACUGGGUGAAGCCGAGGAAAACCAAGGGCAGCAAACUCGCUGAUAAACUCAAGAAAUUCGAGCCAGCUAAAGACGAUGAUGCUCCGAUCAAUGCCCUAUCCGCGCCGCCGCCGCCGCCGCCGCAGCCAGUGGCCAUCCUCGCAACGCGAUCCGCUAGAGAAGACAAGCCCGGGUCUUCAGAAGAUCUCCUUCCUGGAGCCUUUCCCGAUGAAGGCGAAAACGAGAUUGUCGAUAUCAUCGACAUGGCGCCAGUCAAGAAGAAGAAGGGCAAGAAGGGCAAGACUAAGCCUGAGAAUGUGAUCCCUCCUCCCCCCCAAGACCCGAUUUCCCCUCCUCCUCCUCCCGAAGUGCCCAUCCCCCCCUCAGCGGUCCCCGAAACUCCCUCGACGCCGCCACCCGAAGUCAAGUCUUCCAGGAGGGAGCGGCCAAAGAUAAAUCGUGAUGCGAGCACGUCUUGGGUACCAUGGUCGGCGGCGCCUCGAAAAGAGGAACAGAUGCCGAUGUCUGAGGAGAAAAAGCAUGGAAAAGUGAAGGAGGAGAAAGAGAAGACAUCGUCUUCUAAAGGCUCAUCCUCGGAUAGGGUUGAGGAACGUGGGGAGAAGAAAUCGACGGCGACCGCGAAGCCGCGCGUGAAUAGCGUGUUCCAGAGCACCCCCCCUUUGUCACGGUCCAUGUCGACCCGUGAUAAGCGAUACGGCACAAGCAGACAGAGUUCGCGUCGGCAUUCAGUCGAUAUGAUGGGCGAAUCAGUAUCGCCACCGCCUGGGGAGAUACCAGAGAUCUCUCCCAAGGCCGCAAAAGUCCUCGGCGUCGACAAGAGCCACAGGAGUCGGAGGAGUUUUACAACUCGCGGCGUCGAAGAUGAAGACGUCGCGCCCAGAGCUGCUGAUAUGUCUGCGAGCCCACAGAAAUCAGCUCAUAGGCGGUCAAAGGUGAAGAUUGAUGAUGAUGCUGGUAUGGCCGAUGCUGUUGCCUUCGACGUGACGCCUCCUCUCAAGCGAUCGAACUCGACCACCAAGAAGGGACUCACUAGCCUCUUCGGGGGGCUGAUGUCCCCCGCCCCCCGUGCUGAAGCACGUCCUGAGCCGCGACGACGCAAUACACAGUACAUGACGGACGAUGAGGCUAGGCCGGACAGGAGGACAAAGAAAUCUUCUCGGGAUUACCGCGACGCCGACGACGACGCCGUAGAGGAGGAGAGAGAAGCUCGCCGCGCAGCCCGCCGCGCUAGAAGGGCCGAAGAGAAGGCCGCCGAAGAGGCGCGUCUUGCGAAGGAAGAAGCUAGGCGGGAGAGGCAUAGGAAAUACGAAGAGGAGGUUGAGGCUCGCAAGCAGGCGGAGCGCGAAGCUCGACGAGCCGAACGCAGGGCCCUUCGGGAACGCGAGGCGGAGCGCCUCGCCCUGGAAGCUAAAGAGGCCGAGAGGGCUGAGCGUCGUCGACUGCGCAAGCUCGAAAAGGAAGCGGCGGCGGCGGCGGAAGAGGCCGAGGCCGAGGCUCGACGCGCUGCUCGGGCAGAGCGACGACGAUCGCGUUACGUUGACGCUUCUGAGGACGACCGGGAAGAGCGUAGGCGCAGACGCGAGGCCAGAUAUGCCACCGAAGAAAGGCACAACCAAAGACGCUCGAUGCCGACUAACGACUACGUCUACCCUCGGGAACGAUCCUCACGACCUACCGUGUAUGAGCACGGACGGAGCAAAAAUGCAGCUUGGCCUCACUCGGGCACGGAUUCCUGGGUGAAGGAGCAUUCGGACGCCGGACCACCCCCCGAGCACGGUCCCGCUGCGGAGGUGCCUCGGGAAGACGACGAGGAGGCUCGGCGCGCGGCGCGGCGCGCCCGCCGCCGUGCAAAGUACGGUGAAGCAGAGCCGGAAAUCGACGAAGAUCGACGGCGUCGUCACGCGCGCCGCGAGGAGCGCGAUCGUAGAGAUCGUCGGCCCGGCGGCUCGGACGGCAGCGCCGAGAAGCCACAUCGCGAGCGCGAAUCCUUCUUCACGGACUCAACACCUCGAAGUAGCUGGUGGAAAAAGCUCACGGGGGCAUGAAGACGAUUCAGCGACGGCCCAAGACGGCCUGAGAGGGGAAUUGUUUCGGGAGACUUGUUCGUUUCCGGAGCGGGGCAGCCGGGCGGUUCACAUUCGGAUGGUCGUUAUUUGCGCUUAAAGGCGGCGCAUGCGGAGUAGUGGCUGAUUUCAAGCUUGGUCUGUACUA